CAAGUUGAGAACACGGCAUGAUCGCAGUAACUUCUUUAACCUUCUUCGCUGUUAGGUGGUGCAGUAGGACUGUCUGUGGGAGCGUCAUACAAUACAAGUUGAGAACUCCGCAUGAUCACAAUAACUUGGUUAACCUUCUUCUCUGUCAGGUGGUGCAGUAGGACUGUCUGUGGGAGUGUCAUACAAUACAAGUUGAGAACUCCGCAUGAUCACAAUAACUUGGUUAACCUUCUUCUCUGUCAGGUGGUGCAGUAGGACUGUCUGUGGGAGUGUCAUACAAUACAAGUUGAGAACUCCGCAUGAUCACAAUAACUUGGUUAACCUUCUUCUCUGUCAGGUGGUGCAGUAGGACUGUCUGUGGGAGUGUCAUACAAUACAAGUUGAGAACUCCGCAUGAUCACAAUAACUUGGUUAACCUUCUUCUCUGUCAGGUGGUGCAGUAGGACUGUCUGUGGGAGUGUCAUACAAUACAAGUUGAGAACUCCGCAUGAUCACAAUAACUUGGUUAACCUUCUUCUCUGUCAGGUGGUGCAGUAGGACUGUCUGUGGGAGUGUCCACGGCAGUGUUCAGUUUCAUCCUAAUGAUCGUCUUGGUUGUGUACUGCAAGUAUUGGCGACGCGUGAGACAACAGCACAGUGCCCCCCAGACAGAGGACCCUGUACGCCCCAGGGCUGCCGAGAUGGACGAUACCUCUGUACAGGAGCUGGAGUGGUACACCGACAUACAGCUGACGGACAUGACCCCGGCUUCUGAGUCACCUGGGAACUACAGAGGUGGGGGUGAAGCUGCUGGAGUGGAAGAUGACGUUUACGACGUCGCGGAUGGAGGCAGGCUUCAAUGUGUUGUUGUUGGCGACAUAUACUCUAAAUUAUCACAUACCCAGUGAGCACAAACUUCGAAAAGGUCUCACUCUGCCCAAUGCUACAGAGUCUUGUCUUUGCAGUUUCCAGUUUGAUCCAACGGUUCCUUGUCAAGUGAACGAAUGUGUGACCGCGAGACGUCAGUCAUAUAAUCUCUGGCUGUGCCAUCACCAAAUGGGUUAAAGUAUGUUACUCUGAAUGGA